UAGCCACCUUAUUAUUGUCUACUCUCUAACCUCCUACCUCUCUCUAAUUCGCUCCGCCCUCUCUUCUCUUCUCUCAUCCCUCUCUUCUCUGUAUACCGAUGCUUCAUAUCCAAAAAGAAUAAAAUCUCCCCUUCCUAUCGCUUCAGAUCCAUGCCCGCCUCUUCACCUCAAGGCCUUAGUACAACGAUAAGCCACCAUCGACCAGUCUAACAUAACAGCUGUUGGAGUUUGAUUUGUUUCCCAACUUGUGGCUUUUUCCUCUAGCAUGUCGAUUUGUUGGAGAGCGGGGAAGAGAUUGUCUCGAUGAGAAGAGCUUGAAGGAGCGUGGUCGUUUCCCCUUGCAUAUCCAAAAAAGGUACGUUUCCCUCAAACUGGUGUCGCUGUUCGUCUGCCUUUGUCCCUUCCCGAUCCGUAACUGAGGAUCUCCGAUACUUUUUUAUUUCAAUUUCUAACGCCAUCCUCAUCCUUCUUUCAGAUCGAUUUUAGCUAAGAAAGGGUGGAGAACUUGGACUCGAUGAUGGCGAGGUUCGAGAUCUAAAUCAUCGACGACUACGGUUGGGAGGCCAAUAUAUCCAUCCAAUUGGUUUUUCUUUCAUUUUACGGAUUAAUCUAGGAUUUGGAGUUUGGAUCUAAUCCAUGUGAGUUUUGUUUGUUGAUUUUGCUUUUUGAUAAGUUUUGAAGAGGAAACAGAAGAGGGCAGCCGGCCACUGGCUCGUGAUGGCGAGCCAAAACCAGGGAUUCGACGGUGACGGCGACGUAGGCGUAAGCAGUAGUAGCAACCUAUGCCUAUAUUAAAAUUUUAUAUAAUAUAAUUAAUGUUACAGCCAACAAAUAUUUUAUUACUUACGUUCCACUUCGUCGAAAAGAAUCAAAGGGUAUUUUUGGUAAUGAAAUUUUUACCCAUUUUAACAAAGAUUUUUUAUGCCACACUGCCAUAGAAAAAAAUAAAAAGGAUAUUUUGGGAAGAGAAAUUCCUUAUUCUUAACGAAAUGCGUUCCAUCAUAAAUAAUUUUAAUACCGAGGAAUUGAUUUUGCCGACGUCACACCCUUGUCAGAAAUAAUCAAAGGGUAUUUCCGAAAUUGAAAUUUUAAUUCCAAUUUCACAUUUUUUCUACGAGGAAUUAUCGUCAAAAAAAGUGAAAGGGUAUUUUGGGAACAAAUUUAUUUAUCUCUAACGACAUUUCUUAGUAAAUAUAAAAACCUUUAUGCCUCACAAAUAAACUUCGUUAGAUUUCAGUGUCACGUAUAAGUUAUUUCUGACAACGAUACUUUGGUUAAUAGUUAGCGACGAACACAUAUUCGUCACAAAAAAGUUUUUCCUAAUGUCCUUACUUUUUUGACAUUUUCCCAUGGGAAUUUUUCACAUGACGAAUAACAACCAUAUUUUGUCACAAAAGGUCUUUUCCUACGUUAAUCGUCUGGUUAUAGCUGACUGUCUUUUUUGUAGUGAUAGUUUCUUGGGAUAGUGUUGAAGAUGAAAUCUGGCCUUCUUUGGUCUUGGGUAGGUCAGAUUCCUCUCCAAUCUUACUUGGUUCGUCGCUUUCUCUCUCAAGAAUGUAGAAUAAGAACCAAAUCUCACUCUAAAACUCUUCUCCCUUUGAAAUCUGAUCUCUUUCUUCUUUUAUACUCAAAAGUGCACGAUACAUGGUCUGCCGUCACGCCCGUGAUGUGUGUAGUGAAACCGUGAUCUCAAUGCAAAAUGCAUUGUUUCACUUACACACUGCAUGGUUUAGUUAUAUUCUUCGCGCCUAUGUCCGUGAUCCAUGCACUGCCCGCGAGACAUCCAAAAGCUCCUGGGACUUUUCCUUCUUCAUAGUUUUGCUAUAAUCUUCACGGUCUCCUGCAAGUGACAAUUUUCCAUGAAGCAUUAUCCAUGCAAUUUCCAGCUUUUUGUCCCAUUUUAGCUUCAUUUUGACUCUUUCGAUCCUUUCUCCCAUUUCACCUGCUAUAACCUGAAACAUACUAAAACAUUCUAAAACCUAGCAUAAAAUAAAUCCAAGGAUGAUGUUAUUCAAGUCAAACGACAAAUUCUAAGGGGUAAAAACAUGUAUAUAAUGGCUCGGAUCAAACUCCCCACAUUUAGUCAUUUGCUUAUCCCCAAGCAAACGUCACUCACACUCGUGCAACAUGAAAUAAAUUCAAAAUGGUAUACACUAUAGGUUGUUGGUAGCAUUUUCAAAGACAAUUGAAGACAAGAAAUAUUACUUCCAUCUCUAUGUGACAACACACACUUGGAUAAGGACGUUGCCAACUAAAUUGGUCUAGACACUUCACGUGUGCACCAGGGGGACUCUCAAGAAAACAUGUGAAAAGCGAUGGACUCUAUGGUAGUGCUCCUUUUUUUCGAAAGCGGACUCAAACUCUCGAGCCUCAACUUGACUUUGUCGAACAUGGCACCAAAUUUUCUAAACAAGGUUCUCUCCCUCGUGGAUAAGAGCAAAAAUACAUUGACUUCUCUUUCGUAGCCUCAUGCGGGGAACGUGAUGGUUGAGAGGAUGGAAUAGGGUAGGAAAUUGAAGCGUUUGGACGUGAUUUCUAAUCUCUCAAACACCAGUUCACAACCUGCACUCUCGUCUCAACGACAGACCGAUUGCCACACAUGUGAGGUGAUAACGAGAACCAAGGUCUCCCCACUGGUGCAGAGGCACACUAUCUCCUCUCCUUCACGUCUCGUGAGGAGAAGAAGUGUAAGGGGUAUGGAAGGUAGAAAAUGAUGAUGGUUAGAUGCUAAAAAACUAUUUGAUCCCCAUACACAUCCUUAAAUGGCACUACGGUCCAAAAGAUAAGCCCUUUGAUGGCUUAACUUAAACACGAUAAUUGGUUGCCUCUUGCGUGAGAACACUCAUUUUCAAAACAUUUUUCAUAAUGGAGCACCUUUUUGGAAAACUUUUUGGAGUGCAUAAUUGGGGAGGGUCCCACACACAUGUCCUAACCUUGAUAGCAAACAAAAUCAACACAACCAAAAGGAGAUGGAAGUAAAGUCACCCAUGACCAAUACCUUCGUAGCACUACACUACUCCCUAUAAUGCAUGCCAUCACGACAUCAAACUUUUCAAAGUAUAGUGAGUAGGAAUCAUGCAUGGGAAAAUGUGUUUGGAACCACUAAGAUUUUAAAUUUUGAGCAUUCAACCUAGGUUCCAAAACAUUCAUAAUGUAGGCCAACAUUCAAUCAUUCAUCCACAAGUGCUUGGAGCCCAAAAAUUGUUGGAAUUUGGCAAUAACAAGGCUCCAAAAGCAUUCAAUAUAAAGCAAAUUCAUCACAUUUGCAUUCACUCGCCACUCACAUAUAUAUUCAACACCCCUCCCCCAUUUAAGCGACUCUCCGGAGAUAUUUCUAGUCGCGACCAAUUUUUUUAAUUACAACUCCUACUAUAUAUAGUCAAGAUGCUUCGACCAAGCUAAAUUCGCUCGAUGAUCCCCAUCCAGCCACAAUAAUUCAUUGUCAAUCGAAACAAUAGGUCAUUCUUUGGAUUAUUAAACUAGUAUGAAUUUAUAUAGGUUAGUAACAACAUGAUUAGUUAGCAUGAUUUUUAGUACUUUAGAAUGGCGGACUAGCAUGAUUAAUUAGUACUAGCAUAAACUAAUACUAUAAUCGAAAUGUAGGCUUCGGUUUAUCCAUGUAAGACUCGGGGUAUGUCCAUUUUGGGAUGUAUCAUGAGGAUUAUGAACCAUACCUCCGAUCUGGUGGGUUCCUUAGUUUUAUUAGGCUUGGCGCCAUUACAUGAUGAUAUUGAUUUGAUCAUGGCACUAGUGGAGCACCGGCGACGGGAGACGUUCCAUGUGGCAAGACCAUUGCACUGGAGGACAUAACAGUUCUUACAGGAUUAUCAAGUGAUGGGAAGGUUGUGAUAAUGGAUAUACCGAAGACAUCAUGGGUGGAAAUACAGAGGAGCCUACUUGGGAAUGUUCCUUCUUAAGAGUAUGCAAUAGAGUUUGCGAAUGGACGAGCGAACUACAAUUGGCUUAGCGGUGCAUUUCAAAAUUCUACAUGAUGCCUCAGACGAGAUAAAGAUUCAGUAUGCACGAGCAUGUACAAUGCUACUUCUAGGAGGGUUCAUGUGUCAUGAUCACUCUAGAGCUGAGAUGCACCUUAUGUAUGGCUUACUCCUAGAGGAUUAGGCACGUGCUGGAGAGUAUGCAUGGAGAGCGGAUGUAUUAGUCUUCUUAGAUAGGGACAUGGGAAGAACAACUUUGCGGAUGACAUCUUCGGCCACUCUAGGAGGUGAGGUUGGAGGGUGGACCAACCUGAUAGUUGUGUGGGGGUGACAUCAAUUUUCAUCACUAGAAACAUUGGAUAGACAAACAUGAAUGCUAGUUACUCAGGCGCCUGCUCAUUCCCCUUCCCUAAUGUCGCUAACCCAGAAAUCAUUAACCUUGCUACCCCUACAACCGAAAAUUGAAAAACUGAACAUUCGGGCCUAUCUUAGAGCAACAGAAGUGGCAGACAAAGGAAACUAAAGCCCUUGCCCAUUCCCCUUCCUCAACGGCGAAGAUGAUGAAAAUUGGAAUUUGGAGCUGCUAGAGAUGGGAAGAAACAUAGGGCUGAUAACACCUAAAAUAGGUGUUAUCUAGCCUCUACUCUCAAGGCAUUUUCAUGCUAAAUCACCGUUUCUGGGCCACAUGUCAAGCUAUUUAUGCCCAUUUUCGUUCUUAUUUGCAACAUAUUCAUUUUGGCAUAGGUAUUCUUGUUAUGAAGGUUUUCAUGGGGGAAUCAACCCCAAUUUGUUGUAUUUUAUGCUUCUCCGAGAGUUUGUGAUGAAAUUCUAGGUCUCUUAUACUUUUGGGAUUGAUCGAGAAUCUAAUGGAGUUCAUCCGGGCAUGAUUGGAAAGCAUAGGAGCAAGAAGGAAGGUAAAGGCGGAUGUCACGACCACACGUCACGGGCUGUGACCAUGAGGCCAUGACAAUGUUCGCCGGCUGAAGAUCGCGGCCGCGCAUAGUGGCCACAAACUAGAGAAGGCGACCAAGGAGGAGACAAAGGGUUUCCCCAAUCGAAUCGCAGGCAAGGCGUAUUUUGACUGUGGAAAAAGAUCAUUGCCGGGGAAAAAAGAUCGCGGUCGAGAUCUUAUGGAGGAGGCCACGAUCUAAGCAUUUAAAGACAAAGUCAAAACACAACGUUUCGGGCGACACGAGGACGUUCCAGCAGGUCACGUCCGUGACCAUCAGGUCAUGCCCUCAAGGUCAUGAUCGGCACCAUCUGCCUAUAUAUACUCCCUUUUCUGCACUUGACAAAGGAGAGCCGCCUUGGGUGAGAAAAUUAGGGUUUUGGAGUGCUUUAGAGAGAGAAACACUUUGGGAGAUCUUCAUUAAAGAUUCAAUCAACCCAAGUAGCAAGGAGGAGGUGCAAGCAAGGAGGAGAAGCUUGAUUCCGUCAUUCCUCUCUUCUAGUUUGUAUUUUCUUCUUCUCUCUAAUGACUUGAAUCUCUAAUGGUUGUUUAGGAUAGAUGAACCCUAGUUAUAGGUUGUGAAUAGUUGGGUAUUGAAUGAAUGUGUUUGUGAUGACUUGAUAUAUACACAUGUUUUUGUCCACCAUUCUUGUAACGUUUGAGUCUUAUUUCUCGUGUUUUAGGCCGAUUUCACGCUAGGUUGUUCUUGUUUGUGAUAUUUCAGGUCCUAGUACGUGAAUGAAGGUUUGCGAACGAGUUCGGGGUCGAUUGGACGAAGAUUGGACAUUUGGCGAGAAGUUGAGGAAGCCACACGGGCACGCCUAAAAAUCCACACGACCGUGUGACCUGCCGUUUGGCACCAAAUUGCACGGGCAAGCCACACUGGCCAUGUAAGGGACCCCUUGUGGCAGUGUGGAAAGUCCAGGGAGCUCACACGGGCAGCCUGGAAAUCCACACGGCCGUGUGGUCAUGGCCGUGUAGCGUACCUGAAGUCACUUAAGUGAAACGCGGCGUUUUGCACACUCACACAGGCAGCUGGGAAAGCCACACGGUCGUGUGGCCUGCCCGUGUGGUGGGGAUUUUCUGGGUUUUAACCCAAUUUCGAGCCAAAAGAUAGGGGAUCAACUUUUCAGAGCAAAAACAGAGCCGUAGAGAGAGAAAGUGCGAAGAACACCUCCUAAGAGUGGUUUUGGAGCUGGGUUUCAUCAAUCAAGCUUGGAAAUCAUCCUUGGAGUGAAGAUCAUCAUCCCAGAGCAGAUUCUUCCCAUUGUUAUGAGUAUGACUGCUUUGUUUGCUGUUUUCCUCUCUCUCUCUCUAUGGAGUAGAACCCUCUUUCACUUGGGUAUGGAGAACCCUUGUUCCAUGUGUUAGGGAUCAUGAUUGUAAUGACUUGGGAUUGCUAUACUAUUUGGUUUUAAUCGAAUGAUGCAUGAUUCAUUGAAUCAAUUGAAGUCUAAUCAUCUUUUCUUGAUCUCUGCUGCAACCUGAGAUAGAUAGAAUCUGAUUAGGUUGUUAGAGAUUCAUCAUUCGAUAGUGGUAGAUUGGUUAUAGGAGAGUUAAUCAAUCUACUGCUUUGUACUGGAACCCAAUUCCAGUAGUGGAGUUCUGUGCUUAUUGCUUCAGCUUUCUAUCCCGGUGAAGACUAGUCGUCUGCCGGGUAGUUGGACUGAGAGGGCGUGGCCAGCUUAAGAGAUUACAAGCUACUGUCGGAUCUUCCGCAGUUUAAUCAACCGUAAAUCAACCCAGGGUAAUUACAACUGAGACCUAACUAAGGAUCUAGGGGGACUCAUUCCCGAGUGACUCUUCCUUUGCUUUAGAAAACCGAAUCAAUUGAUGCUUUCUUACUGCUUUUAAUUAAAACCACAAUCAAUCGACUUAGUUGGCUAGAUAAUAGAUAUUCACGGAGUAAGCAGUAGAUCUAGACCCCGGGUUGAUAAUCAGAACUUGCCACUUUGUAGCAGUCCCAGACUGCGAUUACACUUGGUCGCAGUUUGGUGUUGUGUCGUAGCGUGUCAGGUUGUCUAGUAGAUUCUUAAGGCCACUCUUUCCUAAAUGAUGAUGCUUGUGGGUAAGUCGCCCUAAUCUUCCCUCUUAGCCUACUUUAUGAUAUCGCGCUAGGUAAGGAAUCCUAGGGUUAGACGGGUAUGCGUCAUCUGGCGAGUUUAUAUUUGAUGAAUGAAUGGGGGCCUAUAGUGGUCGAGGUGACCGGACCCCUGUUAUGGGUAGCCUUCCUAGAUGAAACCUCGGUGUGGAUAGUGGAUAGUGUGCAUUGAAAUGAGCCAUAAGCUUAAUGCCCAGAUACGAUAUCCUAGAUCGAGGUGACUGAAACAUGGGUUUAGGGGAGGCGUACUCGGAGGGGCGUGUGGAUAACGACGAAGGCCCACGGAAAAGAGCUCACUCACCACAUUCGAUUAAUCCUACAUCAUAACCUUAGAUAGGAGGAUUCGACUCUAGAAACCAACUCAUCUCUAGCGUCCUCCCAACCACAUGGUUGAUUGUUUAUUUUGCCUUAUGAAUAGGUUAAUUUAGCAAAAACCCAUCACCAUACUUCCAUCCGAUUAGAUAGUAGUUCAGAGCGAAGUAACAAUACACUUAGGGAUCCCUCGCCAUACGACCGAGCCACUUUCCUACAACCCUAGCUAGGUUAUACUUGGUUUAGUUAUGAUUGAAUAGACAGUUUGGUUUUUGUUUAUAAAUUUAAGGGUUAAUACCUUAUUUUGGCCCGAACUAUGACCAUAUAAUCAACUUUAGCACGUGGUUUCAGAAAUUAACAUCCUGACAUCAACUAUGCAUCAUAUAGACUCAAUUGGCCCGACACAUUGUUUGACCGUCGAUUUGGACGGUCAACAUCAUUGACCGUUAGUCAACACGUCAUGUCAUUGCCUCAUCAGCCUAAAAAUCAUUAAAAAUUUCAAAUUUAAAUUACUUUCCUUAUUUCUGUUAUUUAUCAUUUUCAAAUUAACCAAAAUAUAAAAAUAUAAAAUAAAAAUUAUAUUUUGUUUUUUGGGAUAUUAGAAAAUGAUAAAUUUUAUAAAUUAACCAAAAAAUAUCAAAUUAAAUUUUAAAAAAUUUAAAAAUAUGAUAUAAAUUAUAUAUUUUACUUUUUAUGUAAUUAUAAAAAUAUAUAAUAAGUUGAUAAUUUUUUGUUAACUUAUAAAAUUUAAUUUUCAAAUCACCCAAAAAAUAAAUAUUUUAUUUUAUGUUUUUUAUAAUUUAGUUUUGGUUAAUUUGAUAAUAAAUAAUAAAAAUUAGAAAAAUAAUUUGAAUUUUUUAAAUAAUUUUUAGGCUGACGAGCCAAUGACAUGGCGUGUUGACCAUCCAAAUUGACGGUCAAACUAUGUGUCGGGCCAAUUGAGUCUAUAUGUUACAUAGUUCAGGCCAGGAUGUUAAUUUCUAAAACCACGGGCAAAAGUUGAUUAUAUGAUCAUAGUUCAGGCCAAAAUAUGGUAUUAACCCUAAAUUUAAAGCUCGAUCGUGCACCCGAGCACGAUCAAGUUUUUGGCGCCGUUGCCAGGGAGUUCUUAAGUUAUUAGGAAAAGCUGAGAGCUACUAUUUAGUAAUUUGUUGUGUGCCAAGUUUGGCGUUGUGCUUGUGUGCUCUGUGUUUCUUUAGCAUUGAAUUUUUUGUGCAUUUUUCUUGAAUUUUGUGCUUGUGAUUUCGUAUUUUUUUCCCGUAUCUUUCUUUCUUUUGUUAAGUUCCCUUUAGUUAUCUUAUGUUAAGUGUCUAUUUCAUUUUUGUUUUCUUUUCUUUUUACACUUGUGCUUUCAUAGGUUGUUCUUGUUUUUUUUUUUAAUAUAGAUAAUGUUUAGGUGUAGCUAUGGAUCCAUAUUGGUGUAACGAGGAGUGGAGAGAUCACCAACCGCCGAAUUGGUGUCAUCUUGAAACUUCUAGUAGUGGUUCUAGCCAAGGAUCCGAGUGUGAAGAACCAACCUCUUUCUAUGGUUAUAAAGAAGGUUUUCCCUAUUAUCAAGCUUCAACAUCAUAUCACGAAGACUUCCUUCCACAACCGGAGCCCAAAAGUCGAUUGGAGCUUUCGAUAGAAUAAUUUUUCCAAAACACCGAAGUUAGCUCCAAUGUGGAAUCUUCAAUAACCACCCCCAUUGACUCAUCCCUUCUAAUGGCAUCGGAAGAGACUCUCCAAAAAACAGAGAGACUAGGAGAGGUUGUUGAGCAAGUAUGUGCACUACUUGCUCACACUCGAUCCUUACCAAUCAAAGAGGAGGAAAAGGUCGAAGAGGAGAAGGUAGAAACCGUAGGGACCUCCAACCCUUCCUUCCAAAAAUUCCUCAAUGAACAACGAGAGUUGGACAAGAGGUGGAAAGCCACUCAGAAAAAUCUUGAAGAAAUCCGUUCGAAACUCGAACAAGUGCUCCUCUUGGACGAUGAAGAUGAAGAGGAAAGUGAAGAAUAGGAAGAAGUCUCCACGGUGGAAGAGCAAGAGGACAUCGGAGGACAAACAAUUGAAGACUUUGCUCGGAGACACAUCAUAGCUCCCGAUCAACAAAGAGCGGAUCUACAAGAGAGCCUUGAUGUGGUGGAAGAAGAGCUUAAAGAAGAAAACGAUCUUGGUAUUCAAUGGGGGAAGUAAUACGACCGAACCAAUUUAUUACAACCCUAGCUAGGUUAUACUUGGCUUAGUUAGGAUUGAAUAGAGAGUGUGGUUCGAUUUUAUAAAUUUAAAGUUCAAUCGCGCACCCGAGCACGAUCAAGGGCACUAAGGAGUCAUGUGAAGGACUACCAGUUCCCUCUCUCAAUCUCAAACAAAGCCACCAUAUAUACAGAGAGAGUUCAGAUGGAGGAUAUCUCUCUACUGGCCGGGAACUACGUCGGAUGACGAGGCUUUCCUGGACUGCAAUUUUCAGAGGGAUGAACGUAAUUAAUUUGGAAGGUACGGAGUGGGAGAGAUGGACGAGAGUCCAUAGUUGGGGUUAGGGAAGGGAUAAUUAGGGAAAAGAAAGAAAAUUAAUGAGGGAUUGUGAAAUAGCUGAUGGUGAUCAGCUAUUUCAAAAAUCCACAUGUGCAGUUUUUUAAAAUCUCUAAUUGUGAAAACUCUCACCUUCUCAAACGCAUGAUAUAUUAAAAUCCUGCAAAUGGGAGAUAGUUUUAAAAUCUCUCACAAAUCCCUCACCACAAACCCUUACUCAAACUCCCCCUAGAGUUUGCAAACAACUUGAAGGAGUCACAGGUCUUUCCAGUAGUAGUGCCUCAGAAUUGCUUUGGAGUAGUGGUAAGGCACCACCCAGAUUGUGUGUUGCGUCAGUUUGACAUGGAUCAAAAUGGCCCCAGGCUCCAGAUAGCUCACAUCAUAUUAUGUGGUUACUUCAUCAGGAUCAGCCAGGGGUCCCACUUGGUGCCGACUUGUGCCUCACAUAUAGAGAGACGAUCGAGUUGUGGGAUCGACGAGCUGUGUAUGUAGCAUGUAUGGUCCUUUAUGAUGACCCUUUACAAUAACACUCCGAGAAUAUGUAUUGGUAUGGAGAGAUGACCAGACGUAGUGUCUCACGGUGUGGCACAAUUGGAUGGGCCAUGGUUAGUUACAUGAGACCUUAUUGUCUUACUAUUUUGAUGUCUUUGAGGUUUCAUAUAACUAAUUGAUAUGUUUUUUAUUCCAGUUUGACACAGUAGAGCGUGUGGCUAUGAGGUAAGGAAAAAUUAUUCUUACUUAUGCUGAGAGAGAGAGAUAGAGCGGACACACUAUGAGUUAUUAGUUGCAGCUAUUGGAUUUGGAUACACUGAAUACCUAAUUAAGGAUGACACGAUUCCUAUACGAUGUGUUUGUGUUGGACCUAGACCUUUCAGUUUAUCUCAGAAGUCGUAACAUUGAUCGCAAUAGAAGGGGAGUGUACAGAGGACUUUAGACUCAUUCUCGACAGAUGUCUCCACCGAUAUAUCGUGCACCAUCUCAGCCUCGACAGAUAUAUCCACCGAUAUAUUGUGCACCAUCUUAGUCUCAACAUCAUUCUAGUUCCUUUCCAUAGCCUUUGUCAUGUUUUUUCGCUACUCCGGGUCUUGUCAUGACUCAGCAGUCUCGAGCCUCCUUACCAGGAACAUAUGGUUCUGAAUUUGAUGUUGUAACUAAUGGGACAACAACAAGCAAACACUAUUUGGAGUUCACUCAUUCAUUCAAGUCUCAAAUCUCUUCCAGAUCAUACACCUGCCAUCACAUUUAUUAUCAUAUCUAUUCAAAUCCUAUCUCAAAUAUGUACAGCUCUAUGUUAGCCAUCUAUAAAUGGCAAAGCCUUGUAAUGAUGUUGAAUAUGAGAAGAAGUACACUUUCAUUUUAUUCUUUCAUGGUAUCAGAGCUUAGUAUACUCUGACGAGUUCCCCACUUCCCCAAUCUUCUGCUUCUGCUUCUCCUUCCACUCUUCUGCUUCUAUAAUGUCAACUUCUUCCACAACCUCCUCCCCCUCGGCCUCUCUACAACCCCUCACACCCUCUCGUCUGUCUCUUCCUUCCAACCCUUAACUGACAGUGAGACUCACCCCAACCAAUUAUCUGCUUUGGAAGGCAUAGCUACAGCCUCUCCUACGCUGCCAUCACUUGAUCGGCCACAUCGACGGCACUUCCACGGCUCCACCGCUCACCAUUGACGCUCAGCCAAAUCCGGACUAUACUGAAUGGUAUUAAAGAGAUCAAUUGGUUCUUACCUGGAUUACCCUCUCUUUGUCUGAGGCGGUCAUGCCAACCAUCAUCAAUAAGCAGACUGCUCGUGCGGCCUGGGAUUCCCUGGCUCGAAUUUAUGCUUCCGGGUCGCCGGUCAUCAUUGGGCAGCUCCGAAGAAAUCUCAAUCACAUAUCUCGUGGCGAGGAUUCAGCCCACGAAUAUCUCCAACGCGCCAAAGCCAUCUUCGAUCAACUUGCCGCGCUUGGCGCCCCAAUUACAGAAGCUGAACUUGUCACUGCGAUUCUUGACGGUCUUGAUGAAGAUUUCCGGCCAUUUACCCGCAAUUUGGAGGCAAAGUUGGAGCCGAUUUCGUUUGAAGAUCUCAGCAGCCUCCUCAUCAGCGAAGAACUUCAACUCCGCCGAUUUCAGUCCCUCACCUCCGCUGGUGGUGCUGCUCCUCCGUCAGCCUUCUUCUCUGGCCGAUUCCGUGGUCGUGGCGGCAGGUUUCCAAGAGGGAGGGGACGUGGCCAGUCGGCCCGUCAGCCCACCAACUUCACCAACCUAUGGGCUCCUCCAUCGGCCCAGUUCCAUGUUCAUUCUAAUCCAUCUCAUAAAAAUAUGUCUGCAGGAGUUCUUGGUUCUGGACCCUCCAGCCCAUCUGCUGUGGUCUUCCAUAAUUGUGGGGGAAAAGGUCAUAUCCGGCCCAAUUGUCCAAGCCCCAAAUAUCAAAUCCCCACGUAUUCUUCUAAUCCAGCUUCGUACCUAGCCCAAUCAUCUCAGCCUAUUCACUCCUCUCAACAAUGGCUUCUCGACUCUAGGGCCAAUCAUCAUCUCACCUCCGACUUGGAUAAUCUAGCUCACCAUUCUGAGUAUAAUGGAGCCGAUCAAGUCACGUUUGGCAAUGGUAACUCUCUUCCCAUCUCUCAUUAUGGCUCUUCUACCGCUCGUGUGUCUAACUAUUUACUGUCUCUUGAUAAUAUACUUCGAGUAAAAAAUGCCCCUCUAAAUCUUCUUUCCAUUAGUUCUCUUACUCGUUCUAACCCCAUAUCCAUUGAAUUUUUUUACUCUUAUUUUGUUAUUAAGGACCGUCACACGAAGCAUGAAUUAUAUCGAGGCUCUACGGUUGAUGGUCUUUAUUCUCUUCCACUUCACCUCAACCAGCGUUCUUCUCCUCGUGCUUUUGUUGCUUCUCUUGAUCUCUGGCAUCAACGUCUUGGUCAUGCAAAUUUGCGAGCUGUUCGCCACCUUUUGUCUUCUCAUCAGAUCAAAUACUCCCCCGAAUCUUCUACUUUAUGUCAUGGAUGUUCACUUAGUAAGAUUCAUAAACUUCCAUUUCCGACUUCCUCUUAUCGUGCAUCUUCUCCUUUAGAACUUAUUUGUAGUGAUCUUUGGGGGCCCGCUCCUGUUCGUUCUUAUGAUCAACAAUCGUAUUAUGUUUUGUUUUAUGAUCAUUACAGUAAGUUCACCUGGAUAUAUUUUCUUCGCUAUAAGUCUCAGCUUAUAAGCGUGUUCACUCAAUUCCGUCAGCUUGUUGAAAAAUAUUUUGGCCUUCCCAUUAAAAAUUUUCAAUCUGAUUGGGGUGGAGAAUAUCAAGCCCUCACUUCUUAUCUUGCAGCUCAUGGUAUUACUCAUAGAUCCUCGUGUCCUCAUAGUCCUGAGCAGAAUGGGUGUGCUGAACGCAAGCACCGUCACAUAGUCAACAAUGGUCUUGCCAUGUUGCAUCAUGCCCAAAUUCCCCUCAAAUACUGGCCUCUUGCAUUUGACACCGCCUGAUAUCUUAUUAAUCGCACUCCCACACCUCUUCUAAAUAAUCUCUCACCUUUCACUGUCUUGUUCAAACAGCCGCCAGAUAUUCUUAGUCUUCGUGCCAUUGGUUGUCUUUGCUAUCCGUGGCUUCGUCCGUAUACAUCUAAUAAACUUCAGCCAUGUUCUAUUCCUUGUGUUUUCUUGGGUUAUAGUAAGUUACACAAAGGUUAUCGUUGUCUUGAUCGGGCAACAAGUCGAAUUUAUAUCAGUCGAAUUUAUAUCAGCUCCCCCAUUCAUUUACCCAACCCCCUUCUUUCUCAAACUUCACAUUCUGAACCAUCCAUUCUAGGCCCCAUUCCUCCUACAUCUCCCCAUCCAGGGCCACCUUUACUUGGCCCAACUUCAACCACCACGUUGUCUCCCUCCACUUCCUCAUCCGAAUCCAAUCCUCCACCCAUCUCUGACCCAUCCACAUCACAACUCAAACCAUUAACCCCUGCCCACCAAACAACAAUCCCCUCACCAUCUAUUCAACCUUGACCUCCAUUUAACCCCUCACCCUGGAUCCUUCCUACCUCCGUCCCACCUCCUCUUCCACAACGCAUGACCACUCGCUCACAAACCGGCAAGUUAAAGCUGCGCCAUUUCAUAGCAUCUACUACAACAGCUCUUCCAACCACGGCUGCCCAGGCGAUAAAAAUUGCUCACUGAAGAGCUGCCAUGGCCUCCGAAUUUGAUGCUUUAAUUCAAAAUCACACUUGGGACUUAGUUCUUCCACCACUUGAUUGCAAUUUGAUAUCUAACAAAUGGGUGUUUUCUAUCAAGACUAAUCCUGAUGGCACAAUCGAGCGCUACAAGGCCCGCCUUGUCGCCCGUAGAUUUGAGCAGAUUCCGGGACAUGACUUUGGCCAAACUUUCAGUCCAGUUCUCAAGCCAUCAACUUUAAGACUUAUUUUGGGCAUUGUUGUAUCACACUCUUGGCCGCUGCAUCAGCUAGAUAUCUCCAAUGCCUUCCUUCACGGCACAUUACAGGAAGAAGUAUAAUUACGUCAACCACAAGGAUUCAUCAAUCCGGACCGUCCCGACCAUGUUUGUCGCCUUAAAAAGUCUAUAUAUGGUCUUCGUCAAGCACCCCGGGCAUGGUUUCGAUGUUUGUCACAAGCUCUUCGAGAUUUUGGAUUCAUUGCGUCGAAGACGAACCCAUCUCUCUUCAUCUACAAAGCUGGACAGGUUACAUUAUAUAUGUUGGUCUACGUGGAUAAUAUAGUGAUCACCGGCAAUCAUUCCUCCACAAUUCAGCAACUCAUAACAUUUCUUCGAUCCCGUUUUGCUCUUAGAGAUCUUGGGCAACUUUCAUAUUUUUUGGGACUAGAGGUCCAUCACUCUGCUACUGGUUUAAUGUUACAUCAACGCAAGUACAUUCUUGAAUUAUUGCAACGGUCUGGUAUGUCUGAAGCAAAAGCGAUCUCUACUCCCUGUACUGCAGAUCAGCUUAUUCAAAGUGCAUCUGAUACAUCUCCAAUUUUUCAUGAUCCUGGGUUAUACCGCAGUAUUGUUGGCGGUCUACAGUACUUGAGUUUCACAAGGCCGGAUAUUUCCUUCGCAGUCAAUCAUGUUUCCCAGUUUCAACACUCUCCAACGGAUGCCCACUGGUCUGCUGUAAAGCGCAUUAUGCGUUAUCUUCGAGGAACUCUCACCACCGGACUCAUUUUCCAGCGCUCAUCUCACCCACAGCUUCAUGGAUAUUGAUGCCUCCUUUGCUUCCUGUCCAACAUAUCGUAAAUCAAUUACGGGCUAUGCUGUAUUCUACGGACAGAACCUAGUUUCCUGGUCUACUAGGAAACAAAAGUUGGUGGCCAGAUCUUCGACCGAGUGUGAGUAUCGCGCCUUGGCUACAUUGGCAUCAGAGAUUAUUUGGCUUCAUGCGCUUCUCUCCGAACUCGGUCAACCGCUUGCUUCAUCCCCGGUGCUCUGGUGUGAUAACUUAGGGGCCACCUAUUUGGUGCAUAACCCUGUUUUUCACAAUCGGUCCAAACAUUUGGAAAUUGAAUUUCAUUUCGUCCGAGACCGGGUGAACAAGAAUCAACUACAUGUCCGUUACCUACCCGCUACAGAUGAACUCGCAGAUGUGCUCACAAAGCCUCUCACUUGGCUACCCUUUCAACGGUUUUGUUCCAAGUUUCACCUCCACGAGGUUUCACUUGCGGGGGCAUAAUGGGACAACAACAGGCAAACACUAUUUGGAGUUCACUCCUUCAUUCAAGUCUCAAAUCUCUUCCAGAUCAUACACCUGCCAUCACAUUUAUUAUCAUAUCUAUGCAAAUCCUAUCUCAAAUCUGUACAGCUCUAUGUUAGCCAUCUAUAAAUGGCAAAGCCCUGUAAUGAUGUUGAAUAUGAGAAGAAGUACACUUUCAUUUUAUUCUUUCAGUAACUCCAUGAAUAAAAAAAAUUGGCGUUCAUCCUCGUCUCUCUCUUCUUAAUGCUCGUCUAGUUCACUAGGCACCAAGGUUGUCAACCCGCAGGUCGACCCACAGGUUGACCCCGGUUGGCCUGGACCCUUAGGAGAAAGAAGGCAUUGGACACUUGCUCAAGGAAUAACCCGGAAAAGUCAAACUCGCUACGACCCAAUCAAAACCCGAUGGACCCAGGCGGUUGGCUCGACUAGAAAGGAUUCCAGGCAGAGCUACCUCGGCUAUCUAACGGCCAGUGAUCAGACAAAUCGAGGGAAAAGAGGCAGAUCAAAGAAACGAGAGGAAUUCUCAUUGCCUUGGUCGAUUUUUGAGUGGGGAGAAGAAUAACAAAACCGAAGAGAGAAUGAGAACAGAGAAGAUCGAAGUCAGCAGGGGUAGACCGAUGGAAUUAAAGUCAGUGUGUGUUGUUUUCUUUCCCAUAUCGUUUUCUACUUUCUACUGAGGACGAAGGGACGGAUGGAAUUAAACGAGGGAGACAGAGGGGAGAGGGUUGGCACUUUAGGUUUUGUGAAAAAUAGAUUAGGGUUUCUAGUUAGCUUUAAAUAGAUUAUAUAGAAUAAGCCUAUAAGAAUUUGGGCUUGGGCAUUUAGUGUGGGUUGUGGGUAGCUAUAGGGUUUUUUUUUUAAUAAAAAUUGUAAGGGUUAAUAUGUUAUCAUAUGGUAUUUGUUAAUAAAUUAUAUUUCAGUUAUCGAUUUACCAAAUUACUGUAAUAUAUACAUAUCUUGUUUUAUAUUUCGCUAAACCGGGCUUAGUUAAGUUACUCGUUAGAAAUUUUUCUGUUUGAUGAAGGGAGUCAUUGAAAACUAAAAUGAGGUGCCAACAACCUCAACUUGAGCGUGCACCUGUUUUUGCCGCCUCAAUUCCUCUUUAUGUCUUAUGCGCACUUAUUAAGGCAUGAGUGUUUAUUUUUUGUGAAACACGGAUGAAAUACUUAAAUGAGACGCGUACCUCAUUUGCUUCAUGAGAAGAUUGAGAAAUAAUUGAGUGUCUGAUUCUCGUGAAAAUCAUAUAAUAUACUUGAAUGAGGUGCAUGCCUCAUUGGCUUCCUAAGAAGAUUGAGAAAAAGUUCUCAAUCGACGAUAUAUUGAUAAAUAUUUUUAAAUUUUAUAAUAUUUUAAUAAAACCUCCAAUAUUAGUUUAAAAUCUGUUUUGAACUUGUAAACUUAACACAUGCUAAAUUAAAUGUUUGGCCACUCAAAUUAGAUAAAUCUUUCACGUUUGCCACUCGAAUUACUUUUUCUUUCUUAUUAGUCACUAAAUUUACAAAUUGUUUCACUGUUAGUCACCGGCCGCUAGUCUCUGUUAACUCUGUUAAUUUUUUUAUCGUGCCAAACGGUACUGUUGACUUUACCGUUAACUUAGUAACACAUCAAUUUAAAAUAAGCAAAAAAUAAUUAAUUAACCACCGCAUACUCGUCCUCUCGCUCUGCGCCUCGCGAGCUGCUUCAGCCGUGGACUUCUCCGCCUCCGCAACAAUGGAUUCAACAUCUUUGCUCUAACGAUGCUGGUGGACCACGAAUUGGGUUCGCACACGAUGGUUCUGGCAGGGACGAUGGGGUAUUUAGCCCCUAAGUGUGUCAUGACAGGGAGGCCCAACAAGGAAUCAGACGUCUAUAGCUUCGGAGUGGUGGCUCAUGGAAAUAGCGUGCGGGAGGAGGCUAGGAUCCCAAUUUGUGAAGCGAGAGGACUUGAGGAAAGUUAUGCUAAUGGAAUGGGUUUGGGGUUUGUACGAAAACGAUCAUAUUCUUGAAGCGGUGGACUUGAGGCUGGCGUCGGCGAUGAGAAGUUCGAUCGGGAGAAAUUGAUGAUUGUGGGGUAGUGGUACUGCCAUCCGAACGAGGCGAAACGAUCAUUGAUCAGGCAAGUGAUUAGCGUGCUCAACUCUGAAAUCUCUCUAGGGAAACCAGAAUCGUAAUCGCUCGGUCAUUUGUCAAAGAAGAUGGACUAUCUCACCUCAUAGGGUGUUAUAGGAAGAAGCGCAAGCGAGGGGAAGCGAGAGCGUUGGAGGAGCUCGGGCUCUCGAAUCCCCGGUGGUCGUCAGCUCGUUGGCGCGUCCUGAGGUAGAAUCAGAAACGGAUUUGUCUUUGCAUAAACUGUGUGAUUGGCAUCAAUUUGAAUGUGGAGUUUAGUCUUUGCUUAUUACGCGGUGGGGGAGAGGGGAACGAGGUUGUGAGUGUUUGUCGGAGGUUGAUGAUAAAGCAAGGGAAGAGUUUGCUAGCAAUGGGGAGUUUGCAGUAGUGGCGAGUCUGCGGUGGUUAAUUAAUUAUUUUUAAUUUUAUUUUAUUUUUGGACAAGUCAUGGUCGAGUCUAUCGCUUGUCACAUCAUCAAAAAAUUAAGGGAGACUGACGAUCGGUGAGUAAUAAUGAAACGGUUCAUAAAAUCAGUGACAAAUAAGAAAGAAAAAUGAUUCGAGUAGGAAACGUGAAAGAUUUAGGGUAAAUACCCUAGUUUGGCCCGAAGUUUUGCUUAAGUGAUAGUUAUGGCCUCAUUUUUCAAAUAAGACAUAUAUGGCAUAUUUUUGAAACUAUUGAACAAUUUUGGCCCAAAAAUUUCUUUAACCGUUAAUAUUAACGGCCAAACACUAUUCCGUUAGUAACUCAUCAAAAAAUAGUUUAUGUGGCAUGCCACAUCAUUAAAUAAUAUUAAUAAAUUAAGUUAAUUUUGUAAUUCAAUUAAAAUAAAAGUUAACAAAUUAAGAAAAUCCCCCUCUUAUUAUCCCAAAUCCAAACUCUAACCUAAAUCAACAUCAUCGAUACAGCAUGAAGGAGGAAUUCAAUGGCGGCACUUGAAGAAUGCUCGUCUGGAGGAAUCCCUCCAACCAUGGUUAACCACAAGCCUGCCAUCUUCCCGACGAGACCGCAUUUGGAUUCCGGUGGAUCCCCCAAUUGAAGACAUGGGAGGCGGCAAUGUAAGCUUCCUUCCUCUCCUAAUUCUCCCCAUAUUUCUCACUCUCUGCCUCGCUGCUGCUUUGCUAUUAAUACUAACACUAGUCUCCCCCAAAUCCUCUUGCUCUACACAGCUGCAGCUAUCUGCAACCAACGCAGUAGAGAGCAGCGACGGUAGCAACAACAACUUAUCGUCGUCGCUGCCGCGAUCAUCACUUCUGAUCUCGCUGACCAGGCUCUUGGUGCUCAUUUCGAGACUCUGUUUUGCUGAACGCGGAGGCAGAGCACCUCAUUACGUUGUUGUUGUUGUUGCUACUACUUGGGGCCAAAGUAGAUGCUUCUUGGUCUCUGUUAAUUUCUCUGGUUUCUUUCGCGGCCAUGCAUUGUAGGAAGCUAAACCCACCAGCAUUCUUGUUGGGGGUUUGUCGACCAACCUGGCAGACUCCACACAGGAUUGGAUGUCCUAAUGAUAACUAGAAGGGGAAACGAACAACAUUUUUUUGUCCUGAAAUAGACCCAAUUUGCCCUGUUGUUGAGUGGAGUUUUUGUUAUGGUAUCUGGGGUUUGAAUAGAGGAAACUUAGGGUCGAAUUAAAGUGAGAUUAGUUUCAAGGAAAAUCCAGUUGUUAUGUUCUGUGUUGGAUUUUGGUUUGGGAAAAGAGAAGAAGAGAAGUUGGACAGUGAAAAUGGUGGAGAGAAACAGAGAAAAUAGGGGGAAAUAAGGAAAAGAGUGGGUGGCAUGAAGGAGAAGUGGGAGAGGGUGGGGAUUUUUUUUAAUUUGUAUUUUAAUUGAAUUACAAAAUUAAAAUAAUCUUAUUUAAUGACGUGGUAUGCCACUUUGUUGUUUUUUGUAAGUCAAUGACAAAAUAGUGUUUGAUCGUCAAUAUUAACGGUCAAAGAAAAUUUUGGGCCAAAUUUGUCCAAUAGUUUCAAAAGUAGGUCACAAAUAUCUUAUUUGAAAAAUAGGGUCAGAACUAACACUUGCGCUAAAUUUCAGAUCGAUUUUAGAUAUUAUCAAAAUAUUCAUGUAAUUACAUUCGAGUGUAUAAUUUAGCCCACUUAGUAAUUUGUAGUCACUAGACUCACUACCACUCACUGCAUUCCCACUGUUUGCCAACGGCCAACGACAGCGACCGUAGCUGUGGAGGAAUCCUGUCCGCACCUCGUUUAUCUUUACAUCCCUACCCUCCUACAUAAACACAAACCUAAGCCCUUUCUAGUCAUUUCAGUCCCUAUCCUUCUUUCUUUAUGUCUUCUUCGAACUCAUUAACCCAUCUUCCAUCCUUCGCCCCGCCGCCUUCCCUCUUCCUUCCUGCAAACAUCCAUUAGGCAUUAGCAUUGGUACCCAUCUUCUGCAUGUCAACAAUGGCCGCCGCCUCCGCCUCCGCCUCCUCCGCCGCAAUCCCCAAUCCCUCCUCCGCCUUCUCCACUGCUUC